CCCCCAUAACACCAAAAACUGGACAUACUCAAUAUUUAGAUUUAUUUUAUAAAACUUUAGGGUUUUAAUGCCCGAAGUCACCUUCCACUUUUUGCGUGCCCACUUCAGUAUACAUACGUCAUCUGCAUAUAGAAGCGAAAAGCUUCUCGUAACUCAAGAAAGUGCACUGAAAUUUGUUUGGGAGCAGAACUUAAAAUUGGCCUUGCGGCAUUUGAUUGAUCUCCGAUCGCUUGGAAUUACUAUUCUCUGCAUGGACUCAAAAGCUUGAGCAACCUUGAAAUUGGCCAAUAUAUAAAUGAUUUUCCAGUGAGCCAAAGACAAUUUGAUAUCUGCCAAGAGCACAUAGCGACAUAGCCCAGUUAAAAAAGAUGCGGCCUUUCGGCAACGAUAUAACGAACAUUGCGGCCAAUUCCAAUGGUGGUGGUGGCAACAACGGCAACGCCAACGGCAAUGGCAACGGGAAUGGCAAUGGAAAUGGAAAUGCAAAUGGAAAUGGCAAUGGCAAUGGGAACGGCAGCAACGAUCCCAACGACAAUGGCAACGACAAUCAAAACAAUGACCGGGACACCAGCAUCACCAACACCAGUGCGGACAACGAGGAGUCGGGCAACUCGGACGAUCCGAGCAUUCCGCCACAUAUCGCGAGGAUCGGUGGCAUAGACACCCUGCCGCCCAUCGCCGGACAAGGCGUUAUCCGGGUGGUCCAGCGGUGCGAGGACGCCAAGGAGAACCACAAGCUGGAUCUUUCAAAAUGUGAACUGAUGCUAAUACCAGAUGCAGUCUACCAUCUUAUGCGAAACACAGAGUUGCAGACCUGCGAUCUAAGUGGCAACGUUUUGAAGAGCGUUUCACCAAAAUUUUCGCAAAAGUUUAGCCACAUCACAGAUCUUAAUCUUUCACACAAUAAACUUUCGAGGCUGCCAGAAGAAUUCACCAACUUGAUCGCGUUGACCAAGCUGAAUAUCUCAAACAAUUCGUUCAUCGUUCUACCACAAGUAGUCUUUAAGCUGCAGAGUCUUGCUAGUCUGGAUGCCCAGAACAAUGCCAUAUUGGAGAUUGAUACGGAUGAGGCUAUAGCCAGCGACUGCUUGGCUCUCGUGGAUCUUCGCAAUAAUCCGUUGAGCAGAAACUGCCGACGCAAGCUACAAGACUUCAAGACCUCCUUUGUUUUAGAGAUCUCCAAUGAUGUUGAGGACGACUGGUAGAUGAACAUUUUUUCCAGCACACCAAAAACAAAUCUCUCGUUAUCUCGGAAGAGAGCGCUCAAUGCGGCCCUCCUUCAUCUUAUUUAUUCUGUUUAUAAAAUUUAUAUAUUAAUCAAAAAACAGUGAGUUGUUU